AAAUUGAGGCUCCAGAUAUCCUGUGUCCAUCGAGUAGAACUACAUCUAAGCCCGGAGAGCGAGAAGCUCUAUUCCGUUCCUCUCUAGACUUCGAUCGUCCACGGGCUUGUCAUGUUCCAAGCAUUGCUUGGCCGUGGGUAGAGGCUCAGCAAGUGCGAUUAGACAUGAACAACAAAGUCCAGUCCACAAUGGACUAUGACCGAACACAAGCUCGAAAUUUCCAAUCAGAACACAAUAAUAACGUGCUCAAUAAUGACUGCAUGAGAAAAAGAAUGCUGCUUCGAGGCGAAGUCGAUCUUGAAGAAGCACUAGAAAGCGAGGAAGAUAUGAGGUUAGCGCUGCAGUACCCUUUGAAAAUGGGCGAAUUCUAUAAAGAGAUGGCAGAACGGUCCGAAGAGAUUCAGGAGCUGGUUGCAUCACAUUUCGGUCUUAAACGUAACGAGUCAGCAAAGAUCACUGUCGGGAAACCCUUUUCGGCAGACAACAAAGAAAUAUGGCAACAUGGAAGCUUUAAUCUUUGCAUUCGCGUGUCAACCGAGGUCAAAGGUUUGCCAAGAUGGCUGGCAUUUAGAGUACCUUUGCCGUUUAAGCUGGGCGACAAGACUGCAGAAGGAAAAGGGAACUGUGAGGAGAAGCUGCGAUCUGAGGCUGCAACACAUAUCUGGAUCCGGGAACACUGCCCGGACAUCCCAACUGCUAAGCUCAAAGGGUUUGGGUUGCCUGGUGGGUUAAGUUUUUUUGAGUCAAAGUAUCUCUCUUUCUGGCUUCGAAUUAAAACCUCAAUCUGGAGGGUUUGCAGCUAUCUCCUUCGGGGUUCGCGCUUCUGUGAAUAUAUCCCACAGAGGAGAUCGACCUUUUUGGAACAUGGAUAUAUCAUCACCGAUUGGAUUGAAAAUCAGGAUGAGCGCCUUCUCUCCUCACGAACCCUAACGCCAGAGCAGACUUGCAACCUCUAUCGGAGCAUGUCGCAGAUCAUGCUAUCCCUUAGCAGAGUCUCGCAACCACGCAUCGGCUCCUGGACAAUUAAUGAUCAUGGUCAGAUCAGCUUGUCAGGUCGUCCAUGCAUGUUACAUUUAUUUGAGCUGGAGAACGCCGGAAUUCCCACUCAUAUCAAACGCAACAUAACAUAUACAAAUGCAGAUAGCUUCUACCUGGACAUGUUAUCUUGUCACAAUAAGCGCUUUGAAAUUCACCCUAAUGUGGCUCAGGACAGAGUUGAUGCACAAGGGGUAGCGUCUGACUUAGUUAUGAUGCAAAUCCUUUUCCCUCAAUUCAUCGAUCGCCGCCUGCGGAAUGGCCCUUUUCUCAUGAGACUAACUGAUGUGCACCCUAGCAACGUUUUUGUCGAUAAGGAAGGGAAGGUCUCACAUAUUAUAGAUCUUGAAUGGGCUUGCUCUUUGCCUCUGACUUACCAGCUCCCACCGCUUCGGCUAUUUGGUGAAUUUCCCGAGAGUCCCGAUGACCCGAAUUAUGAAGCAUUUUGGACAGCCUACAAUGAGUUUGUUGCUAUAUUUCAGCAAGAAGAGCAAUCCAGGGGCUUACUCGACGACAACGGAAUAGCUUAUUCACAGGCAAGCAUGAUGAAGGAGGCGUUCGAGACCGGCCGAAUCUCAUACCUAUAUGCAUUACAGAAUCCGCUAGGCUUGUUUAAUAUUGUCAGAUGUCAACUAAAAGGUUUCUUUGAUGAGGUUCCAAAAGAGCAAUUAAAUUCUACUCUUUCGCGAUUCUGGACAGGCAAUAUGGGCGAGUUCAUGUCAAAAAAAUUGGAACAGUUUGAGACUUAUAAGCAAGAAGUCAUUAGCAUUUUUAACAGCGAUAGAUCCCUAUUCAUUUAACUUUGGAAAGAAUACAAGAGGGAACGUGUCUCAUCAUAUCUCUACUCCCUAGUCUCAAAUGAAAUAGGCAUUUGAAGAGUUCUCCUUUGGGGGAUUUUCAUUCGCAUCACCCUCA